GAAUCUUACUGAACUGACAAAGGAAGGGCUAGGAGGAAGAAAUGAGUUGUUACCAUAAAACAUCUUACCCCUCGACUCAAUUGAGACGUAUUGUUCAAAUAUAGACCAUUGUCUACCUUAAGUACUCAAGGGUGGCUUAAAAGCCAAGACUAGAUGCGGGUAUCCGAAAGAAAUCCACGUUUGCUGUGCAACUCCCCAAUGCAUUUAUAAUGCUCAAGUUUCUUUCAAUGUUGCCUUGAUUCAUACUACGAUGAAAAUCUCAGGGGUAAGGUCAAGUGUAUAUCAUCGCCUCAACAUUUAUCGUAUCUUGGUAUCUACGACAGCUACACAAUAAGGGGGGAAUCAUGGACUGGCAAAAACUAUUACUCGCCCUCUUCACCGUUGUCGCCACGGUCCGAGCAGCACCGUUUAUGCGACCAGUGUUAUUCCAUGCCACAUCUGUUGUUGAGACUUCGAGUAAUGGGGCCUGGGCUGAUCACACGAUAUGUCCAGCCGACUACUUUAGCUACAUGACAGAGAAAGGCUUUUUCAGUUUCGGCUGGUGGGGAUUAAGAAGCAACAGGGGUAAUGCAACGUACUUCACGCCAGAUGCCGAUCCGUUCCACUGGUUCGAGCUUGGCGAGAGGGAGUCGUGUGACAGUGUUACCGGAGCUUGUCUGUACAGUACCCAAAACGUACCUAUUCGCUUUGAGAAUUAUCCACAGCCGCCGCCUUGCGCACCAAUGCCACUUAAGUACAUUGAACGAUCGCUUGGUCUAGGAGAUGGGGAUGAGGAUCGGGUAGAGUUGACUUACACUGAUGAUGACGGGGUCCAAGCUCAAGGGUUAAGCACGAGACAAAAACUGAGCGGUGACCCUAGCGCGGCGGGGACAUGCCACAAGGCGCUGCGCAUAUUGAAGCAGCUUUACGAGCAACACGAUAUCGAUUUGGGAUUUGAGAUUGGGAAUCCAUGUGCGCAAGGGACAAGUAUAGACCAACAGGAGGUGUCAGAGUUAUAGUUACCUGAGGUAUGAAUAUAAACGUUAGUUAGUUCUUUAGAAGAGAAGUUGAGAAUGCAACUCGUAACGAUGAAA